CAGACACAGUACACCUUUUAGUCAUCAUUGUUGUUACAAAAAAUUCUACAACAUGCGGGUGGGGUAGGGAUAUUAAAGGCAUUCCACAUAACUUUUUUCUCUAGUUCUUUUCCUCUCUCCAUUAUUUUUCUUCUUUCAUCAUCUCUCCAUUUCUCUGGUCUCUUCCUUUUCUCUGGUCUCUCUAGUUCGUCCUGCACAAAGUUCUGUUUCCCUAUUUCUACUCCCCCGAUUCAGACAUCCUGUUCUGUACAAAGAUCUGUUUUAAAUUUGCUACUCUCAUCUUAGUUCUCUUUCUCAAUCUUGAGCACAAUGAAUUGCUGUUGGCAGGUAGUUGAGCCAUGUUAUAAGUCUGCUUUGUCUUACUUGUGUGUAAAGGUGGGUAACAUUUGCAUGUUGAAGGAAAAUCUUGUCUUGUUGAAGAGUGCUUUUGAUGAGCUUAAAGCAGAAAAAGAAGAUGUUGUAAACAGAGUCAAUGCUGGUGAGCUUAAGGGUGGUCAACGGCUAGCUAUAGUGGCUACGUGGCUUUCACAAGUCGAAAUCAUUGAGGAAAACACCAAACAGUUAAUGGAUGUUGCGUCCGCUCGGGAUGCUUCUUCUCAGAAUGCUUCAGCUGUACGUCGACGUCUGUCAACAUCUGGGUGCUGGUUCUCAACCUGCAACCUAGGCGAGAAGGUAUUCAAGAAGUUGACUGAAGUUAAAAGUCUCUCCGGUAAAGAUUUUCAAGAAGUGACUGAGCAACCUCCUCCUCCUGUGGUAGAAGUGAGACUUUGCCAACAAACAGUCGGUCUUGAUACGACGCUUGAAAAGACUUGGGAAAGUCUUAGAAAAGAUGAAAACAGAAUGUUGGGAAUCUUCGGUAUGGGAGGCGUAGGCAAAACUACCCUCCUCACUCUAAUUAACAACAAGUUCGUUGAAGUCAGUGAUGAUUAUGAUGUUGUUAUUUGGGUUGAAUCGUCUAAAGAUGCAGAUGUCGGGAAGAUUCAAGAUGCCAUCGGGGAAAGAUUACACAUCUGUGACAAUAAUUGGUCUACAUACUCAAGAGGGAAGAAAGCUAGUGAAAUAAGCAGGGUACUAAGAGAUAUGAAGCCCCGGUUCGUGCUGUUAUUAGAUGACUUAUGGGAGGAUGUGAGUUUAACAGCAAUAGGCAUCCCAGUGCUCGGUAAAAAAUACAAAGUCGUGUUUACUACUCGUUCUAAGGAUGUCUGUUCAGUUAUGAGGGCAAAUGAGGACAUAGAAGUUCAAUGUUUGUCGGAGAAUGACGCAUGGGAUUUGUUCGAUAUGAAGGUCCAUUGCGACGGGUUAAAUGAAAUUUCUGAUAUUGCAAAAAAGAUUGUGGCUAAGUGUUGUGGCUUACCCCUUGCACUUGAAGUUAUAAGAAAGACUAUGGCAUCUAAAUCUACUGUGAUUCAAUGGCGUCGUGCACUCGAUACUUUGGAGUCUUAUCGGAGUGAGAUGAAAGGUACAGAGAAGGGAAUAUUUCAAGUUUUGAAGUUGAGCUAUGAUUAUUUGAAAACAAAAAAUGCCAAGUGUUUUCUGUAUUGUGCUUUAUUUCCCAAGGCAUAUUAUAUCAAACAAGAUGAGCUGGUAGAGUAUUGGAUAGGUGAGGGUUUCAUAGAUGAAAAAGACGGAAGAGAGAGAGCAAAAGAUCGAGGCUAUGAGAUCAUCGAUAAUCUUGUUGGGGCAGGUUUGUUAUUAGAGUCUAAUAAGAAAGUGUAUAUGCAUGAUAUGAUCCGUGAUAUGGCAUUGUGGAUAGUAUCUGAAUUUAGGGAUGGAGAAAGAUAUGUUGUGAAAACAGAUGCUGGUUUAAGCCAACUGCCUGAUGUCACCGAUUGGACAACUGUGACAAAGAUGUCUCUGUUCAACAAUGAGAUUAAGAACAUACCAGACGAUCCUGAAUUUCCUGACCAGACAAAUCUUGUAACCUUGUUCCUUCAAAAUAACAGGUUGGUAGAUAUUGUUGGUAAAUUCUUUCUGGUCAUGUCGACUCUGGUGGUUUUGGAUCUAUCUUGGAACUUCCAAAUCACCGAGUUGCCAAAAGGAAUCUCGGCGUUGGUUUCUUUGCGGCUUCUCAACUUAUCAGGGACGAGUAUAAAGCAUCUGCCGGAAGGUUUAGGAGUCUUGAGUAAAUUGAUUCACUUGAAUUUGGAGUCCACUUCCAAUCUUCGAAGCGUCGGUCUGAUUUCAGAAUUACAAAAGUUGCAGGUUCUCAGAUUUUAUGGUUCUGCUGCUGCAUUAGAUUGCUGCUUGCUCAAGAUCUUGGAGCAGUUGAAGGGUUUACAACUUUUGACCGUUACUGUGAAUAACGAUUCUGUUUUGGAAGAGUUUCUAGGAAGCACAAGAUUGGCAGGGAUGACGCAGGGUAUAUAUCUAGAAGGACUUAAAGUAUCAUUUGCAGCCAUUGGUACGUUGAGUAGUCUCCACAAACUUGAAAUGGUAAACUGCGAUAUCACAGAGUCGGGAACAGAAUGGGAAGGUAAGAGAAGAGACCAGUAUUCUCCAUCCACAUCAUCCAGUGAAAUCACUCCAAGCAAUCCAUGGUUCAAGGAUCUCUCAGCUGUGGUAAUAAACUCAUGCAUACAUCUAAAGGAUUUGACAUGGCUGAUGUAUGCUGCAAAUCUCGAGUCUCUAAGCGUGGAAUCCUCGCCUAAGAUGACAGAAUUAAUAAACAAAGAGAAAGCUCAAGGUGUUGGGGUUGAUCCUUUUCAAGAGCUACAAGUCCUUCGUCUACAUUAUUUGAAGGAACUAGGAAGCAUCUAUGGGAGUCAAGUCUCUUUUCCAAAACUGAAGCUGAACAAAGUCGAUAUAGAAAACUGCCCGAAUCUUCAUCAACGUCCAUUAUAAGAAAAUCGAUGAUGAUCUCAUAUAUAAGGCUUUGAAUGGGAUAGUGGAGGAGGGCAAGAGCUAUUUUUUCCUGUCACUUUGUCCCGUACGUUCUUAUUUCUUGUAUGUUUCCACAACUUGUCAUUUGUUUUGUCUUGUCAAAUUCCUGAAAACGUUUCCAUGUUCCACCACAAUUGUAUGUUAUCUAUUGUGCUCAGGGUUUGAGAGAGAAGCAGAUAUUUUGCACAGGAUCUUGACAUGUUUGGCUAGCUUGGUUUAGUUGAAUUAGUCCAUUGCAAUAAUGUCUUCUUCUAUGAAUUAAAAUUACAACUUGGUUUACAUUAUAUUAUAUGCGUUGAAUAUGUCAG